CGCCCACGUCCUAUCCACACUCCCCAGCUGACUUCACACACACACCGAGCUCGAAGCUCCACCACCGCCAGACCUCGAGCUCCUCUACUGUACUACCCAUGGCCGCUGCAACCAUCUCCCUCUGCGGCUCGCGCUGCCUCAGCACGAGCUCGAAACCCGAACCUCGUCUCACCUCUCGAGCAGCCGCCCCGCUGCACUCGCGGCCGUCUUCUUCGCACCGAAGGCUGGUGGUCGUGGCCGCGACGGAGUCGUCGGGCGAGAAGACGGACGAGAAGGUCCCCUCCUGGGCCCGGAAGGGCUCCGACGAGGCCCCUCCGUGGGCGCGCAACGAAGGAGGCGCCUCCGGGCAGGACGCCGGCGGCGCCGUCGAGGUCCCGUUCUACGCGUACCUGCUCGCGUCCGCCGUGACCGCCAUCGCCGCCAUCGGGUCGAUCUUCGAGUACACCAACGGGCGGCCGGUGUUCGGCGUCCUGGGCACCGACAGCCCCCUCUACGCGCCGAUCCUGGGCUUCUUCGCCGUCACCGGCAUCCCGACAUCCGGGUAUCUGUGGUACAAGGCCGUGCAGACGGCGAACAAGGACGCCGAGGAGCAAGACCGCAGAGACGGCUUCCUCUGAUUCGGUUUCCGCGGCAGAGCAAUGAACAUAGUACUACUGAACUCUGAACAUAUGCCAUAUUCUUUUUUGUAAUUGUGCUGCGGUAAACUGCUGAUCGAGAAGACGGUUUUCCUGCGUUGUAGAGGAGAUCAGGUGAACGAAGUGCAGAUGAUACCAGUAACUUGUAUUACUGUCCUUCUGAAACUUGAAAUAGCUAGGCGGCGUCUUGAUUUCAA